UAUGGGGGUGUUCCACUACGCGCUGUUGGUCCUGCCUCUCGCCGCCUCCCUUUCCAUUUCCUUCAUUGAACGAACGCUGGAAUUUUCGCGUUAUCUUCUUUUCGUAAAUACAUCGCUCUUUGCCCUCAAUUGUUUGUGGAACCUCGCGGACGUGGCAACGAGCGUUACGGUCUUCCUGCUCGUCUGCUUCUGCUCCGCGCCGUUCUGUGUGGUGUGUGUGGUGUACCUUGCCGUGAACUGGGACUUGCUUGUUCACCUGGCGCGUCUGUUGUGUGUGAGUGAGCCGCAGAACCCCAUUGACCUCGCCGUGACGGAGGUCCCGCUGCAGCCCAUGAAUCUUUUCCGUGGCAUUCAGCACUACUUCUCCGCGAAUGAGGCAAACUUGACGGAGCUGCUGGACACGCGGGUGUACGUGUGGAACAUUCCGGCCGGAAGCACGACUCUGACGGACCGCACCCUGCGCGUCGGCCGCACCACCACCCGCUCCAUCGCCGCCACCUGCGCCCACCUCGACGAGGCAGAGGCCGAUCACUACAUCGUCUUCAACUUCUCCCCAUUGAUGAUGGAGCUGGUCGACGGCUGCCACCGCGGGCAGGUGCUCGACUUUUCGAAGCAGUCGGUGGAGAACUUCGGUCUGAUAAUGGAGGUGUGCUUCACCAUACGCAAGUGGAUCAGCGCCGGCGACUUCGAGGCUGCCCUGCACAGCCCUUCCGCCGCGUCCCCAACGACGAAGCACAGCGGGGUGGCCGGGGCACCAGGCCGUUCCCACACCCACUGCGCCGUCCUCGCCUUCCUGGAAGAGACCCCUGCCAUUACCCACCCCAACUAUGCGGCGAUGAUGGCGGCCUGUUACUUGAUCUUUUCCGGCUUCCCCACCUACGGCGGCAGCGGAACGCUGGAGUUUGUGGAGAAGGAAAUUGGUGUGGCUCGCAGCGUCUACCACGCCCUGUCGCAGGUGAGCUACAUCAACUACUUCCAGCUGCUCUUUGAGAUUCCCGAGGUGCCGAACAAGAAGCGGCUUACCCUCACCCGCGUCUCGCUGCACAACAUGAGCGCCCUCUUUCAGAAGAAGCUGGGCUUGCAGCUGGAGAAUGGGGAAGGGCAGCCGCCGAAGCUGUUCAGCGACCCCGAGGCGUGGAGUCUGGGUGACGCGGAGACGCUGGAGAUGUACCUCGACGUCAACGAGAGCGUCUUUGGGGACUUUGUCUUGAACGUCUUCCAGUACGAUGUGCUGCCCCUGCCCGCCGACUUUGACGAAGCGAGUCUGCAGGGGCCGUUCGGCACCACAGGCGCCAUACAAGGUGGUGGUGGUGGUGGGGGGGUCCUCUCCUCCGCCGGCGGUGUAGACGCCUCUUCCUCCGCCUCUUUUGCGCAGUCGCUGUCGUCGCCUUCCUUUGACCACGGCGCUUCCCCCGCGUUGAACCGCUUUGUGAUUGGCAACGCACGCUCGAAGAAGAUGGUGCAGAAGAGGCGGCUGUUCCGUCUCGCCUUUAGCACCAUCUUCAUUGCCCAGUGCGUGCACCGCGUGCGUGUGCAGGACAUGGACUACGCCGGCGCCAACGCCUUGUUGGACGACUUUUACGUGCAGCUGCACUUUGCCGAGUGUGAACCGGCUGAGAAGGACAUGGAGUACAUUGAGCAGAUCAGCCAACGGGUCGAGCAGUCGCCGCAGCGGCAGAUGAUCAACUCCCGGCGCGACCCACGCGACCUCCUCGGGCUGACGCGUGCCGGUGGUCCGUACUCCUCCAGCCGCUACCGCGACGCCAACCCCGAGGCGUACGGCGGAGGUGUGUACUACCGCAGCGACGGCACGCGACAAGGCGGUCGGGAGAGCAUGGACCGCCGCUGGCAGGAGCCGUCGAUGCCGCUGACCGGCGCAACGAUGUUGUACUUCCCCACCUCGCUGAACAUGGUCGGCGAGGACGAGCGCCGCUUUGACGAGGAGGACGAUGUGGCGGAGGCGGAACCGGAGUUGGUGCGGGUGCAGCCGCGUCCGGGGGCGACGACAGCGCGGCUCCGGCAGCCCACGCCGGAGCGGAUGUAUGGUGGCGGCGUCCCCAUCUACGAUGAUACGGCAGAGAAGAAGAGCCCGUUGAAGGAAGCUGCGGCGUCUGCAGCACCGCCGCACGCGCCCCCUUCACCACCGCCACCUCCUCCUGUGUCGAGUGCCACCCCGCUCAAACAUGCUGACCCGAUGCUGGGGGAGUCUCCUCCACCUCGAAUGCCACCACCACCACCACCGCCGCCGAGUGGACUGCCGCCCCCUCCUCCGCCUCCCGGCAAACUCCCUCCUCCACCUCCUCCCUCCGCUCCGCCUACGGGGCAGCAGCCACCACCACCACCACCACCACCACCGGGUAAGCUCCCCCCUCCUGCACCACCAGCAGGACUGCCGCCGCCGCCGCCACCGCCGUCGUCAUCCUCUUCGAACAAGCUGCCUCCACCGGCGCCGCCAUCGGGUGUGCCGCCUCCGCCGCCGCCGGGUGGCCCGGGCGCACCACCACUGCCUCCUCCACCAGCAGCAGCGGCAGCAGUCGCGACGGUGAAGCCGAAGCCGGUGUACACGGGCCCUCGUCUCAAGACUUUCUUUUGGAAGAAAAUCACCAAGCCGAGCGGCAUCUGGGCCGUAUCGGACAGUGACGUGGUGCGACGCGCCGUUGUGGACGAGUCCUUCGUGCGGCAGCUCUUCGAGGUGAAGGCGGUCACCCAGACCAGCUUGGCAGAUGCGUCGGCGAAGAAGGCGGAGCAGGAGCGGCGCAACGAGCUCCGCAGCAACGUCCUCACGGGUCAGCGUCUGCAGAACAUUGGGAUUGCGUUGAAACGCGUGCAGGUGCCGGUGGAGGACCUGUGCACCGCGCUCAUCGGGUGCGAUGCCACGGUGCUGCCGGUUGAGCGGCGCGAGAUCCUCUCGGCUGCCCUUCCCACCCCUGAAGAUGUGGCAGCGCUGGCGAUAGAGAAGAAGGCGGGCCGGGUGCUGUGGUCGGAUGUGGAAACGUACCUGUUCACGAUGGCGACGACCGUGAAGGAUGUGCGGGAGCGCUUGCACCUGUGGACGGCGGCGGAGGAGCUGCCGGAGUCAAUACGCUCUGCUGCUAGUCUGCUGUCGUCCGUCGAGGCCGCCGUGCGGGUCAUCACCCAACGCAGCGGCCGUUUUGCGCGCAUGAUGCGUGCCAUCUUAGCCUUUGGCAACUACCUGAACCGCGGCACUCCCCACGCCGACGCGGAGGGCUUCCGGCUGGAGAACCUGAACCAGCUGAAUUUCGUGAAGAGCGCGGAUGGCAAGACAACGGUGCUGAUGGCGUUGGUGAUCUCCCUGCUCGAGGCGGACGAGAAGCAGCACCUGUUGCCGAAAGGCGGUGAUGAUGAUGAUCCGAAACGAGAAACGAGUCGACCUCCUCCUCCAUCAUCCACCAGCGAGAACGUGCCUGACCCCGACGUGAAAGACGUGCUGCGCUUCGUCGAGGAUGUCAGCUGCAUUCGCGCUGUCUCGGCCAGUCCGUUGCAGGACAUGGGCCAGCAGGUCACCCAGCUCAACUUCACUCUCCAGCGCAUGCGGCGUGUCGUGGAGGAGGCGAAGGACGUGAAGGCGUGGUACGAGAAGCGGCUGCCCUCCGUCAACCCUGCCGAGUCGAAGGACGCGUUGCCUGCGUUGCUGGCGACGGCGGUGGAGCGCGACCUGACCACUGUCGGGCAACUCGCCCUCAAGUACCAGCAACUGCGUGAGGACGUGUCCGCGAUGCUGGCCUCCUACGGCGAGGACCCAAACGGCGAUGAGACAAUUGUGUGGGGGUACGUACUGCAGUUCAGCAAAGAUGUGCAGCAGUGUGUGGAGAAGGUGACGUCGUCGAAGCUGACGAAGCGGCGGCUGAUGGGCGCGCCAGCCGAUGAGAAGUCGGCGAAGGACGGAGCGGAAACGACGGGGCAAGGUAGCGCGAAGGCGUCUUCCGCCUCUGCGACAACCGGCUCAGGUGGACUCCGUCGAGCGCGUCUGCCGAAGCUCGUCGAUGACGGGGAAGAUGACUGA